UUAAAUUCUUUUUGGUAGGAUUAAAAAUUCUAACCAUGAAGAUUCUUUUUGGAUUUAUGCUCAUUGCAGUAUCUCAGUGUAUGAUUAUUAAAUAUAAACCUUGUGACAUGAGCUCAACAGUUGGUGACGUCGCAAUAAGUCCUUGUGAUAAACAACCUUGCGCGUUUCAAAGAGGAGGAAGUGCUAAUAUCGAGAUUAGUUUUACGGCAGCUAAAGAUGCUGAUAAGUUAACAACAGUUGUAAAAGGAAAAAUUGGUCCAAUAUGGGUUCCGUUUCCACUAUCCCAACCUGAUGCAUGCAAUAACGAAGGCUUGACGUGUCCUAUUAAAUCAUCUCAAAAAUACACUUAUCAAUAUAGUUUACCUAUUUCAGAGAGUUACCCAAAAAUAAACUUACCUGUCAGUUGGGAGUUAAAAGAUGAAAAAGGAGAAAGCCUUGUCUGCAUCAUAUUCCCAAUAUCACUUGUAUAAUAUUAAUUUAUUAAAUACAAAAUAUUGUUCAAA